CCCUGAGAAGGCGGGUCAGGCCGCGCGCGCCUUCCUCCGGCUGAGGGAGCCGGGCCCGCUCUCCGUUCUCUGCGGCGCCUCUGCAGGUCGUCGCUUUUCCGGGGCCCCGAGAAGGCGAGUCCGGCCGCGCGCGAGGCCCUGGCGUGAGGCGGAGGCAUGGCCAGCGUCCCGCAGCUGGUGGAUGACCUGUGUGAGGUCCUCCUGCCGGCCGCCAAGGCUCCCUCGGGCCCGCGCCGCGGGAGCCGCAGGAAGGCCAAGCGGGGCCUCAAGAGGGUGGCCUAUGACGCCCUGUUCACGGGCCUGUUUCAGGAGGAGGGUCGCGGGCUGCAGCCCGGCCUCCCGAGGCUGCCGGUGAGGAACAGGAUCCUCAUGCUGUCCUUCGACCUGCGGGUGGGCGGCCUGGGCGCCGAGGCCGACCGCCUGGAGGAGCUGGUGGAGGGGCUGGAGGCCGCGCCGCGCCAGCCGCUGGCGGAGCUGGGCGCGGUCCUGGAGCUGCUGGUGCGGCUGGCGGGCAGCGGGCCCCCGCGAGUGCGGCGGCGCCGGCGGGGCGUCUUCCUACACAGCCGGCCGGUCGGGAGAGCCCUUCCCUACAGCGGCUACGACUGCGCUGACUUGAGCGAGUUGGAGGCGGACGUGCGGUCGCUCAUCUCCGGAGAGGAGUCUCUGUGUCGAGACCUGGUCCGCAAGACGCGGCAGGUGAUGGAGGCGGCACCGGGCACAGGACUGCCCGCCGUCGGGCUCUUUUCGUACGGCGACCCCUGCGGGGACAGGUUUGAAAGGGACACCCGCGUCUCGCUCUUCGGAGCCCUGAUGCACAGCCGCACGGCCGACCUGGACGUCCGCUUGGACCUGCCCCCGGUGCCGGACAGCGCAGACCUCUCCGGACUGGCCAUCAAGGUCCCUCCGAGCGUGGAUCAGUCGGAAGAUGAAGGGUUCCAGUCAGCAUCCAAUCUGACUCCUGACUCCCAGUCUGAGCCGGGCGUGACGCCAGACAUUGACCUGUGGGACGCUGUACUCACCUACGAGGCCAGCAAGCGGAGAUGCUGGGAGCAAGUUGGAUGCCCCCCUGGCCACCGCGAGGAGCCCUACCUCACCGAGGCGGGCAGGGACGCCUUUGACAGGUUCUGCCGGCUCCGCCAAGGGGAGCUGCAGGUGCUGGGCGGGAGCCUCCUGCAGGCCCCGCAGCCCGUCCUAGUGAAGGAGUGCGAGCUGGUGAAGGACGCGCUCAACGUCCUGAUUGGGGUCGUGUCCGCCACGUUCUCCCUCUGCCAGCCAGCUCAGAUCUUCACGGUGAAGCGGGGCGUCCAUGUCUCAGGAGCGUCCCCCGAGAGCAUCAGCAGCCUCCUCUCCGAGGUGGCCGAGUGCGGGACGCACUACGCGCGCCUCAGCCACUUCUCCCUGCAGCCCGCGCUGGACCCCUCCUGCAGCAAGGGCCUCGUGUUCCAGGCCUUCACCAGCGGCCUGAGGCGGUACCUGCAGUACUACCGUGCUUGCGUGCUCUCCACCCCGCCCACCCUGAGCCUCCUGACCAUCGGCUUUCUCUUCAAGAAGCUGGGACGGCAGCUCAGGUACCUGGCUGAGCUCUGUGGCGUUGGCGCCACGCUCCAAGGCUCCGGUGGCGGAGAGCCCAGGGCUGCCUUCCCCACGGGCGUGAGGCUGCUCUCCUACCUCUACCAGGAGGCCCUGGACAACUGCAGCAACGAGCACUACCCAGUCCUGCUGUCUCUGCUCCAGACCAGCUGCGAGCCCUACACGCGGUUCAUCCACGACUGGGUCUACAGCGGGGUCUUCCGAGAUGUUUAUGGCGAGUUCAUGAUCCAGGUGAACCACGAGUACUUGGGCUUCAGAGACAGGUUUUACUGGACCCACGGCUACGUGCUCAUUUCCAAAGAGGCGGAGGACUGCGUCCCCAUGUUCCUGAGCCACAUUGCCCAUGACGUGUACGUCUGUGGGAAGACCAUCAAUCUGCUGAAGCUCUGCUGCCCCCAGCACUACCUCUGCUGCUCGGAUGUCCCGGUCCCGCGCAUCUCUGUGGUCUUCUCCCUCGAGGAGCUGAAGGACAUCGAGAAGGACUGCGCCACCUACGUGGGCCGCAUGGAGAGGGUGGCGCGCCACAGCUCGGUCAGCAAGGAGGAAAAGGAAUUACGGAUGGAAAUGGCAAAGCAAGAAUUAAUUGUCCAGGCCCGGGAGGCGGCGUCCAGGGUCCUGCAGGCACUCAGCGAUCGGCAAAUGUCAGAGCGGAUGGUCUCGGACGCCCGGAAGCGAGAGCAGUUCCAGAGGCUGAAGGAGCAGUUUGUGAAGGACCAGGAGCGACGCCGGGCAGCCAGGCAGGAGGAGCUGGACGAGGACUUCAGCUAUGCCCGCGAGCUCCGGGACCGGGAGAGGAGGCUGAGGGCCCUGGAGGAGCAGCUGGAGAGGAAGGCCAGGCAGGCGCUGGUGGAUCAUUACAGCAAGUUGUCUGCAGAGGCAGCUCGUCGGGAGCAGAGGGCACUGUGGAAGGUCCGGAGGCACCGGCUGGCCAGCGCGCGGCUUCGUUUUCUCCUGGAAGAUGAGAAGCGCAUUCAGGGGAUGCUAGAGGCCGUGGCUGAGGGGAGGCCCCUACAGCAGCCGGCCGCGCUCCCUGGUGCCUGCUCCCAGACAAGUGUCCACUCAUGGGCAGGGGAGCAGGCUUCCUUUCUGGGCCCUGUGCCCGGUGACAGAGGCGGCAGCUGUGACCCCGGGCGAGAGGAGCCGCGGCAGGCGGCCCCGGCUGGCCCUCGUGGGCAGAGUGUGCUCACGCUGCAGCCUCUGGAGUCUCCAGGAGCCGAGGCCUAUCGCGCAGCGCCUGGGGCAGGCUUGCUGUGGGGACAGGCAGAGGAGCCGGGGCCAUUCUCCAUGGGCCUCAGCCUCCGAGACUUCCUGCCUGCGGCCCAGGGGGCUGAGCCUGGGCUCGGCGGCGCAGCCCCCGUCCUGGAGGAGGCGCUGCAGACCAUUGGCUCCGACCUGCCUCCCGUGGCUCCGUCCACAGCAGUGGACUUGGCGCCUGUCGGGCCACAGGAGUAUGACUUCAGAACCAUCCUGAGGCCCGCUGUGGCCACCCCAGGUUCCUCAGGGGCGCUCCAGACUGCAGGAGGCAGCCUGGGCAGCAGGGGGCAGCAGCCGCAGGAGGACACUCAGGUGCCACUGGACACGUGUGGCCCUGACCCCCCACAGCACCCCUCCCCCCAGGAGGAGGUGGCAGAGCCUGGUGUUCCCAGAGGGGUCUGUGCUCUUGGAAUGACCCCCUCCCGGCCACGGUGGAAAGUCCAUGGACACGUGUCUGACGCUAGCAUCAGGGUGGGGGAGAAUGUGUGGGACGUGGCCCCCUCUCGACCACGGUGGAACGUCCACGGACAUGUGUCUGACGCCAGCAUCAGGGUCGGGGAGAAUGUGUGGGACGUGGCCCCCUCCCGGCCACGCUGGAAUGUUCAUGGACACGUGUCUCAGUCCAGUGUGAUGCUGGGGGUGCUCUCAGGGGAAGCCGAGCCCAAUUUGUCCAGGCCCCCAUUGGGCCCGCCUGACCCUGGGCCCCAGUUGGGCCUCAGCUCGGGAGCCCAGGGACUUGCCCAGGAACACAUGCCACGGCUGCCUGCAGAGACAGCCUCAGGCAGCUCCAGCGCACAGGUGGCCGGACCAGGCCCUGGCCACGGGGAGGAGGGUGGCCCCCAGGUGUCGCUGUCUGCUGAGGCUGUACCUACUGCUCUGGGAGACAGCACCCCGGAGGAGCCAGGCCUGGGGAUGAGCGAGGACUCCAGGGACCUCUCUCCCGGCUCACAGGAGGAUGCAGACAUCCAGAGCAGCCCAGACCCUGGCGAGGCGGCAGCCCAGCUCUGGGACCGGGAACAGGCCUACCUGGCGGGCCUGGCGGGGCACUACCGCCUGGAGCAGUACCCGGACAGCUACGAGGCCAUGUCGGAGCCUCCCGUGGCCCGCCUCCUGCACCACGGGCUUCCCCGAGCCUUCGCCCUCCCCGAGGACGCCCGGGUCCCGUCAGACGCAGACGAGAGCGCCGUGCAGCUGAGCGAGCUGCUGCCGCUGCCCGUGCUCAUGAAGCACUCUGUUACCGCCCCGCUGGCUGCCCACGUCUCCCUGGUGAACAAGGCCGUGGUCGACUACUUCUUCGUGGAGCUGAACCUCGGGGCACACUUCGAGGCGCUAAGGCACUUCCUGCUGAUGGAGGACGGGGAGUUCGCCCAGUCCCUCAGCGACCUGCUCUUCGAGAAGCUUGGGGCAGGCCAGACGCCCGGGGAGCUUCUCAGCCCCCUGGUGCUCAACUCGGUGCUGAGCAAGGCCCUGCAAUACAGCCUGCACGGCGACAGCCCGCACGCCGCCAACCUCUCCUUCGCCCUCAAGUUCCUGCCGGAGACGUUCGCCCCCAACGCCCCGGACGUGUUGAGCUGCCUGGAGCUCAGGUACAAGGUCGACUGGCCUCUCAACAUCGUGGUCACCGAGGGCUGCCUGAGCAGGUACGGCGGCAUCUUCUCCUUCCUGCUGCAGCUGAAGCUCAUGAUGUGGACGCUCAAGGACGUCUGCUUCCACCUCAAGCGCACAGCGCGGGUGAGCCAGGCGGCCGGCUCGGCGCAGUUCCGCCAGCUGCAGCUUUUCAAGCACGAGAUGCAGCACUUCGUCAAGGUCACCCAGGGCUACAUCGCCAACCAGAUCCUGCACGUCAGCUGGUGCGAGUUCCAGGCCAGGCUGGCCUCGGUGGGCGACCUGGAGGAGAUACAGCGCGCCCACGCCGAGUACCUGCACAAGGCGGUCUUCAGGGGCCUGCUGACGGAGAAGGCGGCGCCGGUCAUGAACGUCAUCCACAGCGUCUUCAGCCUGGUCCUCAAGUUCCGCAGCCAGCUCAUCUCCCAGCCCUGGGGCCCGGCCGGCGGCCCGCGCGGCCCCGAGCACCCCAACUUUGCCCUCAUGCAGCAGUCCUACAGCGCCUUCAAGUACUACUCCCGCUUCCUCUUCAAAGUGGUGAGCAAGCUGGUGAACCGCGGCUACCAGCCCCACCUGGAGGACUUCCUGCUGCGCAUCAACUUCAACAACUACUACCAGGACGCCUGAGCCCCGGCUCGGCCGCAAUAAACGUGUGCCCGCCCUCCAGCCUCUGUCUCCGGGGCGGGCGGGGGCGGAGCAACCACGCGGG